CCGCCAGGGACUUCUCUGCGCCUGCGCGAAGGGGCCUGGCUCCUCUCGCUCGCCAUGGCCGCGGUGGAGGCCUCUCGUAAGCGCCGCUCCAAGGCGCCUUUCUUCCCGGCGACCAAGCGGGCCCGGCCGGGCGGCUCUGGGCAGCUGGAGCCCGGCAUGCGGGGCAUCCUCAUCACUUGCAACAUGAACGAGCGCAAGUGCGUGGCCGAGGCCUACAGCCUGCUGGGCGAGUACGGCGAGCAGCUCUACGGGCCCGAGCAGUUCACAGAUCAAGAAGAAAGCAGAGUGUCAGGAAACGAAGAGGAGGAGGAGGAGGAAGCUGACGAAGACGAUGAUGCUGAAGCUGCUUUGAAAAAGGAGGUUGAUCAGAUCCGUACUUCAACAGAGCAGAAGAGGCGGCGGUUCCAGUCCGUGGAGAGUGGUGCCAAUAAUGUGGUUUUUAUUAGAACACUGGGUGUAGAACCUGAAAAGCUGGUGCACCACAUCCUGAAGGACAUGCAUGCCACCAAAAAGAAGAAAACCAGAGUCAUCCUACGCAUGCUGCCUGUUUCGGGCACCUGUAAAGCCUUUGUCGAUGACAUGAAACAGUACUCAGAGACCUUUUUUGAGCCUUGGUUUAAAAGUCCCCAGAAAGGCACUUUUCAAAUUGUUUAUAAGGCUCGAAACAACAGCCACCUCAGCAGAGAAAAAGUGAUCACUGAACUGGCAGGAGUGGUGGGCCAUCUCAAUCCAGAGAACAAAGUCGAUCUGAAUAACCCCGAAUUCACUAUCGUCGUGGAGAUCAUCAAAAACAUCUGUUGUUUGAGUGUGGUGAAGGACUAUGUGCUUUUCAGGAAGUACAACCUCCAGGAGGUGGUGAAAAGUGGCAAAACGGAUUGUCAGGGAGAUGCGUCAAAAGCAUCACCAGAAGGCAAUUCGAAAGGAGACAAAGCAGUGGUGGAGAACGUGGGAAGUCAAGACCAGCCUGAAGAUAAGUUUGAGGAAAAAGCCAAUGACAACCAUGAGGAUUAGGACUAUUAAUGAGUUGCUGGAUAGAGACUAUGGAGGAUGAUUCAUUUUUAUUUUGGUAGUUUGGCAUUUUUAAAAUGAAAAAACAGCUCUGGUUUUGGUGUUAAAAUCAAUGGUUCCCCAAAUAUUCUUGAACUUGGAACGGACAGGUUGGGAGCUGCUGGUCAAAGCCAAAUUGGGGUGUGACCGUCAGGACCAUUCCUAGAUACAAGAAUAUCCUUUUCCUCUUGUGCACCCUCUAUAUUUGCUUCCUAGCCCAAGGGAACUAUACCUUGCUGUGCCGUUCAAAUUGUGUGAGCAGUGGUUCCCGCAGAGCAUAAUUGUGUGGCUUGUUUCCAAAAGGUACCAAACCCGUCUGAACAGAUUUUACAGGAAUCAGAAAAAAAUGUGCUGAGGAUAUUCGUUCUUUUGCUAUAAAAUGCAGUUUCCUGAAUACUGUACUGAAGUGAUUUGAUACAUUUUUAUAGUUUUGAUCUGUACAUAAUAUUCUACUCCUAGCCAACAGUAUGCUGCCAUCUAUAAUGCGUUCUUCAAUUUGUUUGAAUUUGGUAACUUUUGGAAACAAAUUCCAGUUAAUUUCUAACCAGGACUGAAAGCCAUGGUUUGAAAUCGGUUUCCAGUUCUAUGGGAAAGCAGCUGAAGCUUAUAGAGGUGGUUCAAAAUAUAACUCCAGCAUCCAGAUCCUAACUUAUCCAUGAGAGCUGAACCCAGCUGUAGAUGCAUUUUAGCAAAAGUUAGUCAAAUUUUGAUCCCCUGGUUGUGUAGAUACUGGAGUGUGUUUGAUUACAGUGAGACUUUUGCUGGAUCCUCCCUAUAUGAUGAACAAAACCAUAUGCUACUGUUAAUGUUGAUAUCUGGGUGUACAUCAACAGCUGUUCCAUAGUUGCUAAGACUCUGUGGCAGCCUUUGUUGCCUCACUUGGUAGCAGUUGAUGUCACUGUAGAAACCAGAUGGAAUACACUUUUGGAUUCUGGGGCUUUGAUACUUGACCCAAUGAUCCAGCAUAAGUCUUACCAGUUUGGGCCAACCUAGCAUCGGAAUAGCAACCGAUCUAAACUUCACCUUUCUAAGCUGUUGCAAAUUCAGAGACUCAGAACAAGGAUCUCAUAAACCUGAUCCUAAAUGAAAAAGCAAUUUAAAAUGUGUAUAUGUGGAACAGGUGUUUUCCUGAAUGUUUUAUUUAAAAUUUGCAUAAAGUUUUAUAUUAAAAGUCUUCUUGAGAACAAUA